AAGAAUAUUCACUACACCUUGAAAACUGAAAGUAAGAAAUAUAAAAAUAAAUAAUGAGUUGGUGUAAAGAUGUUAAAGGUGUCCUAUUAGAUAUAACAGGUGUUCUGUUUGAGAGCGGUGCGAGUGAACCAAUUAAAGGUUCUGUUGAAGCUAUUAAAAGAUUAAAGGACAGUAAAAUUCCAGUGAGAUUUUGUACAAAUGAAACGACCAAGACAAGAAAGAAACUUUUACAGAAGUUACACAGUAUUGGGUUUUCUAUGACAGAAGAGGAUGUAUUUCCCCCAAUACCAGCAUGUUGUCAAAUCUUGAAGUCUAGAGGGCUUAGACCACAUCUUGUGGUAAAUCCAGAUGCCCUGUCAGAUUUUAGUGAGGUGAAUCAAGAGAACCCUAACUGUGUUGUACUAGGAGAUGCUACAGACACCUUCUCAUAUCAGAAUCUCAACAAAGCUUUCCAACUCCUCAUGUCACUAGAUACACCGGUUCUCUUUGCUCUUGGAGGAGGGAAGUAUUACAAGGAAGGCUCAGACUUAACAUUAGAUGUUGGACCUUUUGCAAAAGCACUUGAGUAUGCUUGUGAUGUAAAAGCAGAAAUAGUUGGUAAACCAUCCAAAUCCUUCUUUGGUGCAGUACUCCAAGAUCUAGGACAACCACCAGAGUGUGUAGUAAUGAUUGGUGAUGACAUUGUAAAUGAUGUAGGCGGGGCUCAGUCAUGUGGCAUUAGAGGUGUACAAGUUCGUUCUGGAAAAUACAGGCCAUUGGAUGAAAACCACCCAACAGUAAAGGCUGAUGGUUAUGUGGAUAAUUUAGCACAGGCUAUAGACCUUAUUUUACAAUCCUGAUGCAAUGAAAAUACUCUUUAUUUUUAGUUAUACAUAUCUGUGAAUUGACAUGACAUUACUUUUGACUUAUCAAGAGGUUUAUAAACUUCAGAUAACUUUCCUUGAUAUGUUUUAUCUAGAUUUAUUUGUCGAAGUAUGUUUAUUUUAAAUGGCUUGUCAUGAUCUCACUCUGUAGUCAGUUUUGAGACCCUUUAUGAGAGAAAUAAUUUCUUAGUAGAUUAUUAUAUUGUUUAUGAAUAAAAUAGAGUAUUGGAAAAAUUCCGUUCAAAAUAGGCACAUUGAAUUGACUAUAUGGCUUUUACACUUAGCUCUAUAACCCAGAGAAGUUGUAAUCAAAUUAAAUGGAAUAAAAGGAUUAAGAUUGAUGAGACUCAAUUGAAAAUUAACGUCUUAUUGGUUUGUUAAUGUUAUGGAAUAAACUAUUCCCAAUGCCCAGAGGCUAUAUUACAAUGACUUUGUCUAAUAUUUUUUCAACAAAUAUUUUAAUCCUAAACCAAUAAGAUAACCUGAUUCACUUAUAGCUGUUAAUUUCUGGGUCAUUUGGUCUCUUGUGGAGAGUUGUCUCAUUGGCUAGUUUGAUUGCCAGCUUGACGCUGAUUAUAUAUUUAUAAGUGUUUCUCGUUUCUUGGUUUUUUAUAUACUAGUAGAUUAGACUGUUGGUUUUCCCGUUUGAAUGGUUUUACACUAGUAAUUUGGGGGGGGCUUUACAGCUUGUUGUUCAGUGUGAGCCAAGGCUCCGUGUUAAAGGCCGUAAAUUGACCUAUAAUGGUUUACCCAGUACUUUUUUAAAAUUGUUAUUUGGAUGGAGAGUUGUCUCAUUGGCACUCACACCACAUCUUCCUAUAUCUAUCUUUUCAUCACAUGCUACAGCGGGUGUUGGUCCUAUAUAAAUGUUGUUUGGUGGAAUUAUUUACUUAAG